AUGAGUGUCGAUGCAUACGUCGAUGGCACUGGUGGUACUGGUUCACAGUCGCUAACCUUUGUUGAUACAGAAGAAAAUUUCUUCGUUGGAGCCGACUCGCAAGGAACCGAGUAUGACUUUCGUGAUUUCACAAUUCCUUCCCAGAGUCAAACGACGCAAGUAGGAUCGCAGCUGGAUCAUUUGGGUGGGGAAAGUCAGUCAAAUAGAUUUGGUAGUCGUCUAGGAGUGGAUCAAACAAAACUACCCGGUAUAACAGUGGCCAUCGGUGAACUACAGUUCGAAGAAGAUGAUGAUGAGAUUGACCCUGCAGAAAAUAAGCAUCUUCCUCCCCAUGCAUGCCGCUACUGCGGUAUCCAUGAACCGAGCACUGUAGUGAUGUGCAAUAUUUGCAAGAAAUGGUUUUGCAAUGGGCGUGGAAGCACGUCUGGGUCGCAUAUUGUGAACCAUCUUGUGCGCGCUAAGCACCGUGAGGUUACUCUCCACGCCGAUGGUCCUCUUGGCGAGACAAUCCUUGAAUGUUACUCGUGCGCGGUACGAAAUGUGUUUGUGCUUGGUUUUAUUCCUGCCAAAAGUGAGUCCGUCGUCGUGCUGUUGUGCAGACAACCAUGCGCCGCUCAAAACUCUAUUAAGGACAUGAAUUGGGACCAAGAACAGUGGAAGCCCCUAAUUGCUGAUCGAUGCUUUUUGUUUUGGCUCGUAAGGAUUCCUACGGAACAAGAUCAGUUGCGAGCUCGUAAAGUUUCGGCGGCACAAAUCAACAAGUUGGAAGAGUUAUGGAAGGAGAAUGUGGACGCCACUUUUCAAGACUUAGAGAAACCGGGCAUUGACAAGGAACCACAGCAGGUGCAGCUGCGCUAUGCCGACGGUUACCAGUACCAAAACACAUUCGGGCCGUUGGUUAAGUUGGAGGCAGAUUACGACGAAAAGUUGAAGGAAAGCCAAACUCAGGAAAACAUUGAAAUACGUUGGGAUACGGGAUUGAAUCGGAAAACGAUUGCCUAUUUCACGUUGGCCAAAAACGACGGUGACAUGAGGCUCAUGCACGGGGACGAGCUGAAAUUGCGGUACGUUGGUGAGGUGCACAAGCCGUGGAGUUGCAUCGGACACGUCAUCAAAGUACCGGACAACUAUGGCGACGAUGUUGGACUCGAGCUAAAGCACAACCAUCAGGCGCCAAUUGAGCGGUCAAGUGCGUUCUCGGUGGAUUUCAUUUGGAAAGGUACGUCGUUCGAACGCAUGCAACAGGCACUGCGCAAGUUUGCAAUGGAUGCCAAAAGUGUCUCCAACUACAUUUAUGCACGGUUGCUUGGUAACGUACGGCCUGAAAGCGGGGGGACCGGUGUCGGUGGCGCACAAGAAGUACUGUUUCGGCUAAGCCUUCCAAAGCACUUUAGUGCCCCCAAUCUGCCAGAUCUCAACCGAUCACAGGUGUACGCCGUGCGGCAUGCCCUCCAGCGUCCGCUGAGCCUCAUACAGGGCCCUCCUGGCACGGGUAAAACAGUUACUUCAGCAACAAUUGUGUAUCAGUUGGCACGGCUUAAUAGCGGACCGAUUUUGGUGUGUGCGCCAAGCAACACGGCUGUCGAUCAGCUGACAGAAAAAAUUCAUCGAACCAAUCUGAAGGUGGUACGCGUUUGUGCUCGAUCGCGUGAAGCGAUCGACUCGCCAGUGAGUUUUCUUGCUUUGCACAAUCAGAUUCGUAAUAUGGCACAAAACUCGGAGCUGAAAAAACUGCAGCAACUGAAGGACGAAACAGGUGAGCUUAGCCUUGCUGAUGAGAGACGGUACCGUUCACUAAAAAAGCAAGCCGAACGCGAGCUGCUAGAGGCAGCUGACGUAAUUUGCUGCACCUGUGUUGGCGCGGGUGACGUACGACUUCAGCGCAUCAAGUUCGCCUCCAUUCUCAUCGAUGAAUCGAUGCAAUCGACCGAACCCGAGUGCAUGGUACCGGUGGUGUUGGGAGCCCGUCAGCUUAUUCUGGUUGGCGACCACUGUCAGCUGGGACCGGUGGUUAUGUGCAAGAAAGCUGCCAAGGCGGGCCUUUCGCAAAGUCUAUUCGAGCGGCUCGUAGCGCUAGGUAUUCGCCCAUUCCGACUGGAGGUGCAGUACCGGAUGCAUCCAGAACUGUCGCAAUUUCCAUCGAACUUUUUCUACGAGGGCAGUCUGCAGAACGGAGUGUGUGCGGACGAACGCAAGCUAAAGGUGGACUUCCCGUGGCCCUCGUUAGACUGUCCAAUGUUUUUCCUCGUCACUCAGGGCCAGGAGGAAAUUGCGGGAUCUGGUACAUCGUAUCUUAACCGUACGGAGGCAUCGAAUGUAGAAAAAAUCACGACGCGGUUCCUCAAGGCUGGCAUAAAACCAGAGCAAAUUGGGAUCAUUACGCCGUACGAAGGCCAGAGGGCUUAUCUGGUGCAGUACAUGCAGUACCAGGGUUCGUUGCACUCGAAGCUUUAUCAGGAGAUCGAGAUUGCAAGUGUGGAUGCGUUUCAGGGGCGUGAGAAAGACAUCAUUAUUAUGUCUUGUGUCCGAGCAAACGAACACCAAGGCAUUGGUUUCCUAAACGAUCCUCGCCGAUUGAACGUCGCACUGACCAGAGCUAAGUACGGCAUCAUCAUUGUGGGCAAUCCAAAGGUACUUGCAAAGCAGGAGCUUUGGAAUCAUUUGCUUAAUUUCUACAAGGACAAAAGAGUGCUGGUGGAAGGGUCGCUAAAUAAUCUGAAGGAAUCGUUGAUUCAGUUUACGAAACCGAAAAAGAUCAUCAACACACUCAACCCGGGAUCACACUUUAUGACGAAUGCGAUGUACGAUGCGAAGCAGGCAUUGGGUGGUGUCUCCUCGGGUCCUCUGACUGCAUAUGGCAGCAUGAGUGCAUAUCAUCAUCAAACAGUGGAUAUGUCUAGCGUUGGAGCCACAUCGGUUGAUGCGUUUAUGCGAAAAGCGCACGAUCCUAUCGGGUACAUAUCACCGCAACGUGCAAAUACCGUGCAUGCCACUAACAUGCCAGUCCCGGUGGGAAUGUUUAUAAAUAUGUCAAACGCUCCGCCACGUUUCCACCAACAACAGCAACAAGCCGCCAUUCAGGCAGCAAAACAGACACGACGCCCGGUUGUGGGCAAAAUGUUAGGUAGCGGAACUCCAGGAUCAGUUGGUGCUAUUGUGGGUGGAACAGGAUAUCAAGCUGGAAAACCAAGCCGGCCGCGACCGAUAGGUCCACCAAGUCAAACUGGAGGAAGUUUAAUAUUGACGCAGCAAGGCAUGUCGCAAAAUAUGUCUCAGCCGGGCUUUAGUCUGUCGCAACAACCGGAGUUUUUGCAGGAUUACAUGGGUGAAUAUCAGUCGCAGAUGGACAAUAUCCUAUCGCAAGAAUCAAAUUUCCAGAGUCAAUCCGAAACUGCUCCGGGAGAUGGAUUGGCGUUUGAGUUUCAUUCGAGUGCACAAUUUUCUCAGCCAUACUGAUGCCAUGUGUGCGGAAUUACUAAAUGUAUGCAUGCUUUUGUGAACGCAUAAAUUCCCGUCAUAUCGAUUCGAAACGAUUGCAUCGAACCCAUCUGGCGUUUGUCGCCCGGUACGAUUACCCAGGUACCAUACUUUCGUUGUGAAUUGUUUUGCAUAUUAACAACGGGAGACUGUCGGAGUGUAUCGUGAAUAGUACCCAAGAUGAAUAAGAAAGGGUUCAAUUGUGAGCUAAACAUUGUACAGGCAGUAUAGUGUGAUUGGCUUUUUUAUGAUGAGCAGUAAUAUAGUAAGCAAGAAUGCCGGAUGGAACAGAGUUUCAAGAAUAUUGAAGAAAUUUCUUUUUAUUUUGGUAUUCAAUUGGCUGAGAAAUAUAGGAAGAAACAAUAAAACGUCCGUGAUGAUUCUUUUUCUGUAUUAAUUAUUGAUAAUAUUAUUGCUUAACCACACUGAGAUAUAAUCGCAAUUAUCGCUAAGGUUGAAUCUUCAAACUUUGCUCGUGUCGAUUGGAUGAAGUCCGCCUACAGAUGCACUAAACCAUAAUUUUAGCAGAAGAAAAAUAUGCAAAAACAAUGCUUU